AUGGAAAAUUCACUGAUGGGGGAUGCAAGAAAUAGGACAGCAGUCCAGGAAUUCACCCUGGAGGGGUUUCCCACUGUCCAGCCCUUUGGGAAGGUUCUCUUCCUGAUACAUCUGUUGGCAUACCUGGCCUCCAUCAUAGGAAACACACUCAUUAUCACCAUCACCUGGGCCGACCAUCGCCUCCAGACACCUAUGUACUUCUUCCUCAGCAGUUUCUCCUUUUUUGAAUGCUGUUUUGUAACUACUGUUAUUCCUAAGUUACUGGCCAUCUUUCUGUCAGGGAGAAAAUCAAUUUCCUUUGCUGCCUGCUUCACACAAGCCUUUGUUUUUCUUUUCCUGGGGGCAACUAUUUUCUUCCUUAUGGCUGUAUUAUCCUUGGAUCGGUACCUGGCCAUUUGCAAACCUCUGUAUUACCCAACCAUCAUGAACCCAAGGAUGUGUUUCCUCUUGGUCACUGCCUGCUUGGCUUUGGGAUUCCUCUUCAUGGUGGUUCCAGUUAUAUUGCUUUCCCAGUCAUCCUUCUGUGGCCCCCAUGUCAUCCCUCACUUCUUCUGUGAUUUUGGGCCCUUGACUAGUCUUUCCUGUUCUGACACCAGAUCUAUUGAAAUGUUGGCCUUUGGCCUUGAUUUGUUUAUCCUUUUGACAUCCCUUAUCGUAACCAUCAUCGCAUACAGCAACAUAGUAGUCACAAUCGUGCAUCUCCCAACAGCCAAGGAGCGACAGAAAGCUUUCUUCACUUGCUCAUCUCACCUCAUUGUCCUCUCUCUGAUGUACAGCAGCUGUGUCUUUAUAUAUGUGAAACCAAAGGAAACAAACUGGCUGGACUCCAACAGAGAGGCUGCUCUUGUGAACACAGUGGUGACCCCGCUGCUGAACCCUGUUGUCUAUACUCUACGAAACAAGCAAGUUCACCAGGUUCUGAGGGAUGCUCUGUCCAGGGUUAGAGUGUAG